AUGACGACGACGACGACGACGACCACCACCACCACCACCACCACCACCACCACCACCACCACCAUUCCAAUCACCACCAUUUCCUCCUCCUGCCCAUCUCGGUAUGACCAGCACCAUCACCACGACAACCACCCCAUCAUGAGGACCACCACAGUCAUUAUCAUCAUGAGCUGUCGCGUGAAGGCGGCCAGCCUGGACGGGCUGUGGCAGCAGCAGCUGGUGGCGCAGUGGCUGGCCAGCCAGAGCCCCUUCGCGCCCCACCAGCAGCUCCACCAGUCGCCGCCGCCGCCCCCGCUGCCCCCGCAGCACCAGUCGCCGCCGCCGCCCCCGCGCACCACGCCCAGCCCGCGCCGCCAGCAGCAGCAGCAGCAGCAGCGCGCCCAGGCGCCGUCCACGGCCGCGUCGUCGUCGUCGUCGUCGACGCCGCCCAGGCCGCGCUCGCGGCCACAGACGCCCAAGUCCACCUCUCCGGGCGCAGCGCCGCACUCCAGGGCCGCCUCCGGUGAGUCGCACACGCCGGGGGCUGCGGCUCUACACACUCUGGUCGUGUCUGCUUCUGUCAUGUAA